UAUGUUUCUCUCUCUCCCUCUAUAACGGUGUAAGCUUGAUAUACAUUGUGCGCUCAUUCCCUAAUAGCUUAAGCUUAUGGGUCUACUAGUUCUCCGACAUCUUCGAGUAGGCUAUCCACGUGUUAGGUCAUGUUAGGCCCAACAACCGCAUGGUCUCCCACGUCACCCUUUUUAAGUUGCCCAUGUGUUUGACUCAUGUCAUGCCACAUGUGAGGGGGUGUGUUGAGAGAUAUCCCACAUGAGGAAUGUAAAACUUUGCAUUAUGAUAUAUGUCUUGUGUUGUGCCUCUCCACCCAUUUCCAUUUAGUUUUGGGUGGGAUGCUCUGAUUCUAACCCCCUAUAUAUACUUUGUUCCAGUCUGAUUUACAGUCUCAAACAAUUUGACUUCUAAUAAAAGAUGGAUUCAGAAAGUCCAAUUUACACUGGCAGGUUAUAUAGAAUUUGAAGGGAGCACGAGUUUCUGGCCCUCUUAAUCUGCCUUAACUAAUUUACUCAGGCAGGCUAUAUGUUUCUGCAUGUAUUGUUUCCAGAAGUUCAUAUAUUUUAUUCUUUGGUCAAAAUGCUUUUUUGUCCCAAAGAGAUAGUUUCUUGAACCAGUCAUGGUACUUUGAACUAUGGUGAGGAAAUAGUUAUGAGGUUGGCCAUUAUAGUGGCAACGUCAGCAUUUGACUGGAAGCCAAUGGUGGCAUGGUGCUUAAUGUGAAGAAAAAGUAUAUUGACCAUGACUCUCUCUCUCAAUAGUUAGGGUGGUUACUUGGCAUUUGCGGCAUAGUCAAUAAAAUACCUCAGUGGCAAGCACGCAAUUACUGAAGGACAAAAUUGACCAAGGAAGGAAUUGGAACCUGACCAUCUCCAAGGACUAAAAGUUUAUUUAACCUUAUUCUUAACUCUCUAAGUUCCUUUGUAUCUAUGACACUUAGAGAAGUAGUGUAAAGUAUGACGCAUAUAAUUUAACGUUGAUCAUUCAUAUGAUAUUAACAUGGUUAUACUUUUUGUCAUCAAUUAUCAUAACCAUUCUUAAUUAUUUCUCAUCACUAAAUAAAUUUAGUACCAUAUGAUAUGAGUUCCUGUCAUAAAUUAAAUUUUGACGUCACAUAAAAAAGAAUGAAAAUAUGCUUACAGAAGAGGGAAAGUAUUGAAUCUUAUAAAUUUACACUGUAUGCUUUAGGUGGAGGCUGUACAAGGGCAUAUGCUUCUACUCUCUGGUGUGGAUUUGGUUGAUGGGACACCUGUACUCGAUGUCAAACCUUAUAUUCCCUACUGCGACAGCAUCCAAGGAGCAAGAGUGCCAAAGUGGUUAGCGGUGGACAGUAUAUUAGCAGUAGCUUCUGUUAGUUUCUCUGAGAUCUUCACUUCCACACUUGCUGAUUGCUGGGAAAUGGCAGUGAGUACUCUAAUCUUUACUAAAAAUAUCACACCUUUACCAUAUUUUAAAGGGAAUGUCCAUUCCUUUAUAUUCUUUGACUAAUUGUUCAGUUCUUUUUACAAAUUGCACCAUUAGCUUGCUUCCUAGCACUUCACUAGUAAAAUCCAAACUCUUCACAACACUGGAAAGAGAUAAAAACAAGCCUAAGAAAGGGAUUCAGCUACAGUGUGAAUGAUAGUACAAAUACAAUGAAUUAAGCCCAUAAGUACUUGUCAAGAGGAAAAUAA